GGGAGUGCGCGCUCUCCGAAAAGUGGAGAGAGGAGAGCGAGAGAACCCGGCUGCUGCUGCUGCCUAGCUCGCGAGCUGCCAGUGCUGCUGGGGAAGGAGGAAAACAUCAUGAGCUCCAGGAAAGUGAUGGCCAUCCAAGCCCGCAAGAGAAGGCCGAAGGGAAAGAAAGACAAGACUGCCCACCGGAGGCCUGACACCCAGCAGAAAGCCCCGUCCGCGCCCCCUCCCCCUCCCCCCCCGCCCCCCCCUGAGCCGGUUGCGCCCCCCGAGCAGGAGGAGGAGAUCCUGGGCUCAGACGACGAGGAGCAGGAAGACCCGGCCGACUACUGCAAAGGAGGUUACCACCCGGUGAAGAUCGGGGACCUGUUUAACGGGAGGUAUCAUGUGAUCAGGAAGCUGGGAUGGGGCCACUUCUCCACUGUAUGGCUGUGCUGGGACAUCCAGGUGAAAAACUUUGUUGCGAUGAAGGUGGUGAAGAGUGCCCAGCACUACACAGAGACAGCCCUGGAUGAGAUCAAGCUGCUGCGCUGUGUGAGAGAGAGUGACCCUAACGACCCCAAGAAGGACAUGGUGGUGCAGCUGAUAGACGACUUCAAGAUCUCCGGAAUCAACGGCAUACAUGUGUGUAUGGUGUUCGAGGUGCUUGGUCACCACCUGCUGAAGUGGAUCAUCAAGUCCAACUACCAGGGCCUCCCUCUCCCCUGCGUCAAGAGUAUUAUCAGACAGGUUCUCCAGGGUUUGGACUACCUGCACAGCAAGUGUAAGAUCAUCCACACAGACAUCAAGCCAGAGAACAUCCUGAUGUGUGUGGAUGACGCCUUCGUCAGACGCAUGGCUGUGGAGGCCACAGAGUGGCAGAAGGCAGGGGCUCCACCCCCCUCUGGCUCAGCAGUGAGCACCGCUCCACACAGCAAACCGGUGGGGAAGAUCUCCAAGAACAAGAAGAAGAAGCUGAAGAAGCGUCAGAAGCGUCAGACGGAGCUUCUGGAGAGGAGGAUGCUGGAGUCGAGGCUCUGGAGCGCCAGGCCGAACUCCAGCGGGGCCCCGGGGACCCCGAGGGCGACACACCCCCCCCCGCCCGCACCCCCGGGGCCCGCCACGGCGCUGGGGGAGAGCGACGAGGACGAGGAGGAGGACGAAGAUGAGGAGGAGGAGGAGGAGGAGGGGGGGGCGGAGAGUGAGAGGCCCACCAGGCUGACCAAUCACACGUGUGCAUCCCUCCCCCAGGAGCAGGCCGAGGUGCCCCCCCCCACUGAGCCUGGAGACCAGGAGGAGGAGGAGGAGGAGGAGGAGGAGGAAGAGGAGGCCACACGCCACACCCACGUGGACCCUCCCACACCCACCGUAACCACAGGAGACGGCAACAGAACCAACGAGAACGGAGAGAAGCAGCAGGAGGGGGAGGAAGAGGAGAAGGAGGAGGGAAAGGAGGAUGAGAGUGAGGAGGAGGAGGAGAAGAGCGACGAGGAAGAGGAGGAGGAUGAGGAGGAAGAGGACAGCCAGGCAGGCAGGAAGCCGGCCGAGCCGAAGCCGACGAAAGGCGGGACCAGACAGGAGGAGGCGGAGGAGAAGAGGAGAGCAGAGGAGGAGGCGGAGGAGGAGGAGGCGGAGGAGGAGAGAAAGGAUCAGGAAGGAGACAAAGAGGAGGAAGAGGACGAGGAGACAGAAACCAACACCGACCUCACCAUCUCCACCUCCCCCGCCAAGCCCCACAAUGCCACGCCCAAGACCAACGGGCACCUGCUGCGGGGCGGAGGGCAGAGGGAGGCCCACCCUAACUCCGCCAGCCCGCCUCCCUCGCCCAUCCCCGUGCUCUGCCCCCUGGUGGAGUCGGAGAUCAGCACCACGGACAGAGACAACUCCCUCAGCUCCGGGUACGAGCUCUUUAACGGGGAGGUGGAGGCGGGGCUUGGGCUGACCAACGGUUCCAACCGUCACCGGGCGAUUGCGCCGCGCUUCCCUGACCUGCCCCUGGACCCUGAGCCAGGAGACCCCGCAGUGACCACGGCGGACAUAGGGGCGGGGCCUUCUGCUCACAGCCCCCCUGCGGACCGCAGUCGCACGGUGUCUUCGUCCAGCACAGGGGACACGCCGAAAGCUAAGGCCAGAUCAGCAGACCUCCUGGUCAACCCCCUGGACCCCCGCAACGCCGACACACUCCGGGUCAAGAUAGCCGACCUGGGCAACGCCUGCUGGGUGCACAAACACUUCACUGAGGACAUCCAGACCAGACAGUAUCGUUCUGUAGAGGUUCUGAUAGGAGCUGGGUACAGCACUCCCGCAGACAUCUGGAGCACAGCCUGCAUGGCAUUUGAGCUGGCCACUGGAGACUACCUGUUUGAGCCCCAUUCUGGAGAGGACUACUCUCGUGAUGAGGACCACAUAGCCCACAUCAUUGAGCUGCUGGGCUGUAUUCCGAGACACUUUGCACUCUCCGGAAAAUACUCUCGGGAGUUCUUCAACAGAAGAGAUCACAUCGCUCUCAUCAUGGAGCUUCUUGGGAAGGUCCCACGCAAAGUGGUCGCUGCCGGGAAGUACAGCCGAGAGUUUUUCUCCAAGAAAGGAGAGCUGAGGCACAUCACCAAGCUGAAGCCCUGGUCCCUGUUUGACGUGCUGGUGGAGAAGUACGGCUGGCUUCCGGAAGACGCCGGACAUUUCACCCACUUCCUGCUCCCCAUGCUGGAGAUGGUCCCCGAGAAGAGAGCCUCGGCCGGGGACUGUCUCAACCACCCCUGGCUCAACUCGUAGCGACACCACCACCCCCUAGUGGCAGCCGCCCAAACUGUUCGCAGCACUGGAGAGAGACAAGGGGGGGGGGGGAGGGGGGAGAGGGGAGAGGGGAAAGGAGGGGAGAGGGAUGGGGGAGGGGAGAAGGACAGUUUGAACCCUACGGAUAAUUGGAUACCUGUCAUGUAUGUCCCUUCCACACACACACACGCGCGCACACACACACACACACACACACAUGCAUGUGUAAACACACACACACCUUAAAUGUGAGAGAAAAACGCUGACUAUUUUGGGAUUAGGCAGACAGCCAGGACAGGCUUUACCCUCCAGUUAGCUUCACGGACAUCUUCUCUUGGCGGUCCUGGUGCCGAGGUCUUGACCCUUGUCCAGCCUGGCUGACCCUGGCCUACCGCUGGGGUCAGUGGAUCUCUCGUUCUCAUUGGACAGAGAGGGAGGCAGACCAGUAGCUCUGUCUAUCAGAACGCUGUCCAGAAGCUCUCGGUUCAGCCGAACCUUAGAACAGCAUGGCCCUCUCAACCUGCUGAGACAGAGCCUGUGUGUGUGUGUGUGUGUGUGUGUGUGCGUGUGUGUGUGUGCGUGUCAGUAUGACAACUCAGUCUGAACACAUAUCACAGCGAUGGAUCACCAGAUUAGAAGAAGCCUAGCCCCCACUUUACUGGACUUCCUCUCUCUUCUCUCUCUCCAGCCCUCUACCCCCCUCCUCUCUACCCCUGCCCCCCCCCUUGCCCCCCCCCAGGACUGAAGCAGUGCUGCUGAACUGUUUACAUCCCCCCGCCCCCCCUCCAGUUUUGUUUCACCCCAAGCCCCACUGAGCUGCAUGACCCACCCCACUGCAGACACCCGGGCAGCCAGCCCACCAGGGGGUGCCAGCCCCGCUGCGGCCACUCCUACCUGCAGACCGAAGGGGCGAGCACUGGAAGAAGAACAAAACGGAGGCAGAGUCUGACCGUUUUGUUUGUAAAGAUGUUUUUUUUGUGGUGAGAGCGGUGAAGAAGAUGAGGAAGACGUAAAGAAACAUGGACAGACGGUUGUUGCGUUUCCUGUUUAGUUACGUUUUUUAAUUAUUUUUUCUUGCAUUCGUUUUUCCUCGUCUUUUCCGUUUCAAAGACGCGGGAGUUUGUUACGACGUCAUCCAUGCCCCUGUGAGGAGGAACUGUCACGUCUUAGGGUAACCCCCACCCCACCUCCCCUCCUCCUUCUCAGCUUUGACAUUCAAUUAUGACAUCAUAAUUGCUCUUGACUUUUUACCAAAAUCCCCACCCCCACCCCCACCCCCCGAAAUGAGAGCAGUCCUUCAGACAUCCUAAGGCACGUUUACCAGAUUCUUACUACUUCUGCCCCCUCCCGGAAAUACCGGGGAGACCCUCCAUCAUGGGGCUUUGCCCGCGGGCUCGGUUCAAAAUGGAGGUUGCACUUGUCUUCGUAGAUGUCGUUCAGGGAAUUACCUUUGUACAGAACUCUGAGAAACCGGCUCGCAGGGGGAGAUAAAACGACGACAACGGGAUCUGAACACAAACACACGCGUCAUUCCUAACAUAAAGAGGCUGUUAACGGGCCACGGGCCUUCUAGCCGGUGACCUGUAGCCCGCGGCAGAGGACGGGGGUGGGAUGUCAAACUGCGCCACCCUGUGGCCGAUGAGGGUACUGCGCCCCACGCGCACCGCAGCGUCCCUCAGUGCCAACGACACAACGUUCCACUCAAGUCACUAGUCAUCAUUACAAUUAGUCCAGUUGCCUAUUUUUUUCGCAAUAAAAAUUACAAAAUGAGUAUAAGUAAAUGGUGAGAUAUUUUUAAAAAAAUAUUUAAAUUAAUUUAAAGUAAAAAAUACAAAUAAAACAAAGAGAAAAUAGAGAACACGUUUCUCUGGUGUUGUGACAGUGACCGAAUCUCGUCCUAUUGAGGUGAUUGUGUUUUGUCUGUUAGAAAUGUUUUUAUUUCUUUUGUAAUUAUUAUUAUUAUUAUAAUAAUAUUAUUAUUGUUAUUCCGAUUUGUUCUUUUUUUACUCAGUUGUCACCUCUACCCUCCCGGAACAUGAACAGAACCACUGUCUGGAUUCAUGGUGAUGAAAUUGAUCAAACAUUUUUGCAAUAAGAGUAAAUGAUGAUGAAUUUUUUGCACCAGAAGCUCCUGAUCUCUCUUUCAGCCAUGCUGACUGUUCUUCCUGACAUCCACAGAAUCUCGUCUCUCAUUUGUGUUUUUCAUUGACAGAUUUAAUAAAAUUGUAAAUUAAUGGACCCUC